AGCGAUGCAAUAACAACAGCAAUCGAACGGACGAAUACAACCUUAUAAGGUCUCGACUGGGGCUGCUGAGUUGGCAACCGUUCUUUUGAAUCGAAUUUUGUUUGUCUUGCAUCUAGCCAUAGACGAGAGGCCCACCAAAGACCUUCCCACCUGUACCCCGCCCUGUUGCCAAGGUCUCCGGAUAAGCCUUCGAGGCUCUCCUCAUAGACGCCUGUUCCACUCUCGCCCGACCCAGGAACUUGACCAGCAGCAUCUACCUGCUGCACGCUUGAGCGCAAUCUGAUCACUCGUCCUAUCGUAAUAGUUUGAAGGAUCUCUCGAGAUGGAAACUCUCAAGGCGGUCUUCUUCGGCCCCGAUCCUCAAGCACAGAUGAGGAAAUGCAAUCAGCUCAUCCGUGCCAAUACUCGCCAAUUAGAUCGUGACAUCUCGCAGCUCAAGACACUGGAAAACAAAACACGACAGCACAUCGUGAGUGCAUCACGACGAGCCCAACGCAACCCCUCCCAAGCGAAGCAAGCCAAUAUGGAAGCCAAGACCUUUGCGCGAGAACUUGUUCGAAUUCGAAAACAGUCGACCCGUCUCCACACCAGCCGAGCUCAGUUGCAAAGCGUUCAUAUGCAGGUGAACGAGGCAUUUUCAGUGCGCAAAAUCCAAGGUAGUCUGAAGAAGUCAACGGGAAUCAUGAAGGAUGUCAACACUCUCGUUCGUAUGCCCGAGCUGACAGCCACUAUGCGACAAUUGUCUACUGAACUGGUACGUGCCGGGAUCAUCGAGGAAAUGGUGGAUGAUGCAAUUCCGAACAACGAACUGCUCGAAGAUGAGGAGGACGAAGCGGAGGAGGAAGUAGACAAAGUCCUACAGGAAAUUCUUCAGGGCAAACUGUCUCAGGUGGAAGGGGUCAGGCCCGAACAGCCUUUGGAAGAAGCUCCCGAGCCCGAGGACGAGCUCGAGGACCAAGAAGCGACUCUUGCUCAAAUGAGAGGGAGGCUGGAAGCUUUGAAGAGCUGAAGUGGCAGAUGCACACUCUUAUGGCGCGGGACGGUUUCAAUGCAUGCGCUUGCCCGUCAUCCGCUUUCUUACAGUUUUAGAUGGCGUUCAGUUGGACAGGGCGCGUGGGGCGUUCGUUUCUUGACUUCUGCUUCAAUCGGGUUGAUCUUGGGCAGGCCCCGGCUUCAGGAGUCUUGACUACAUUGCAUUGCUUUACUAUACCGCGCAAGGUUAUGGCUCAAGUUACCAUGUGUUGUAUAUGAAUAUUAUGGAUUCUUCUGUGUAUGAGUUUUCGGGCCGUUGCUCGGUUUACGCUGUCAUUUAGGCAAGGGUAGAAUGGUA